AGCCCUGGGCCCGGUGCCCCACUGGCUAGAUGUUGGGUGGGCGCCCGGGGCGACUCCGAACCUGCACCGCGAUGGCACCUGCCGCGUCAAGGCUGCGGGCGGAAUCCGAGCUUGGGUCGCUUCCGAGGCGAGCGCUCGCCCAAUACUUGCUGUUUCUAAAACUUUAUCCGGUGCUCACCAAGGCAGUCAGCAGUGGCAUUUUGUCAGCCGUUGGGAACCUUCUGGCCCAGGUGAUUGAGAAGAAGCGGAAAAAAGACUCUCAAAGCCUGGAUGUCAGUGGGCUUCUCAGAUACUUAGUCUAUGGCCCUGUGGCACUCUAGGUUCUCUGUCACAGGCCCACUGAGUCACUACCUCUACAUCUUCAUGGAGUACUGGGUCCCUCCUGAGGUUCCCUGGGCCAGUGUCAAGAGGCUCCUGCUGGACCGCCUGCUCUUUGCUCCAGCCUUUCUGCUGCUGUUCUUCUUCAUCAUGAACUUGCUGGAGGGGAAAGAUGUCAAUACCUUUGUUGCCAAGAUGAGAAGUGGCUUCUGGCCUGCACUGCAAAUGAACUGGAGGAUGUGGACGCCCUUGCAGUUCAUUAACGUCAACUAUGUGCCCCUGCAGUUCCGGGUGCUCUUUGCCAACAUGGCAGCUCUGUUCUGGUAUGCCUACCUGGCCUCUCUGAGGAAGUGAUGUCAGAGACACCGUGGAUGAGGUCUGGGGGAAUCCACCCACCAGCAGGAGACACAGAAUUCAUCGUUCAGGACAUCUUAUGUGAUUCAAAAUGCCUUAACAUUUCAGAGAGAGGAAAUGGUUAGCGUCAGAAUCUUGUGCCUCAG